GCGGCCGGUGCCCGGGGGCGGGCGGGCUGCAGGACGGCUGCUGGAGAGCCGGAGAGCGAGCCGGAGCCCGAGCCGCGGCGGCCGCGGAGCACGGGCGCCGGCGCAGUACCAUGAAGCAGCCAGCGGAUCCGGGAGCCUGAGUCCUAGUGAAGCUGGCAAUGACAAGUCUGAAUGGUCGCCAUGCCGAGAAAACCAUUGACAUGCCAAAACCAUCAGCCCCCAAAGUGCACGUGCAGAGGUCUGUGUCCCGAGACACCAUCGCCAUUCACUUCUCGGCAUCCGGGGAGGAGGAGGAGGAAGAGGAGGAGGAGUUCCGGGAGUACCUCGAAGAGGGGCUGGAUGACCAAAGCAUUGUAACCGGGCUUGAAGCCAAGGAGGACCUCUAUCUUGAACCCUUAGGUGGUCAUGACCCCGUGGGCCUUGCCACCUCACCCGUCCUGGCAGAUGGACUGUCUGGGUCCCAGGCCCCUGCCAUUUUGCCCGUCUCCGAGAACACUGUAAAGCUGUUGGAGUCCCCUGCUCCGACAGUGCAAGUAUUAAGUACAGUGCCAUUGGCUCUCUCCCCAGGGUCAUCUUCUUCAGGGCCCUUAGCUAGCUCUCCCAGUGUGUCGUCCCUUUCUGAGCAGAAAACCAGUUCUUCCUCCCCAUUGUCCUCUCCUUCCAAGUCUCCUGUCCUCUCAUCCAGUGCCUCAUCCUCCACCCUCUCCAGCACAAAACCCUUCAUGAGCCUGGUGAAGUCCCUGUCGACCGAGGUAGAGCCAAAAGAAUCCCCACACCCCCCAAGGCACAGGCACUUGAUGAAGACAUUAGUCAAGUCUCUGUCCACAGACACAUCCAGGCAGGAGUCAGAUACCGUGUCCUAUAAGCCCCCUGACUCCAAGCUGAACUUACACCUGUUUAAGCAGUUCACACAGCCGCGAAACACAGGUGGAGAUUCCAAAACUGCACCUUCUUCCCCGCUGACUUCUCCUUCUGAUACUCGCUCCUUUUUUAAAGUGCCCGAAAUGGAGGCGAAAAUCGAAGACACUAAACGACGCCUUUCAGAAGUCAUAUACGAGCCUUUUCAGCUCCUUAGUAAAAUCAUAGGGGAAGAAAGUGGCAGCCAUAGGCCCAAAGCCUUAUCUUCAAGUGCUUCAGAACUCUCCAAUCUGUCCAGCUUGAACGGGCACUUGGAAAGCAAUAACAACUACAGCAUCAAGGAGGAGGAGUGCGACUCUGAGGGGGACGGUUACAGCAGUGACUCCAACGUCCCCAGGAGCGACCCCCCAAAGACCUCUGAAGAGCCUGCUAGAGAGGCAGAGCUGCGAGUUUCCCAGGCGAGCAGUCUGAAGGAUUUGGGCCUGAAGACAAGCUCGCUAGUUCUUGAGAAGUGUUCCUUGUCUGCCUUAGUGAGCAAAGAAGACGAAGAGUUCUGUGAACUGUACACCGAGGACUUCGACCUGGAAACAGAGGGCGAGGGGAGGGCCGAUAAGCCCCCAGAUGUUGCUCUCAAGCCAGAGGUGCUCGCAGACAGUGGGGUAGCUCCAGACAGCGAAGACGAGGCGGACUUGGCCACGCAGCAUCCCGAGUUGCCCGUGAAGACGCUGGCCUUCUUUAUAAUGUGUGUCUAUGCGUACCUCAUCCUCCCCCUCCCCUACUACAUGAGCGGCCUCUUUCUGGGAAUUGGCCUUGGAUUCAUGACUGCAGUUUGCAUGAUCUGGUUUUUUACACCACCAAGUGCUCAUAAAUGUCACAAGUCACAUAAACAUCUGCAACACUGGCACACAAGCUCUCUGGACAUCAAAGAACCUGAAAUAUUGAAGGGAUGGAUGAAUGAGAUUUACAACUAUGAUCCAGAAACUUACCAUGCAACUCUGACACAUUCUGUCUUUGUUCGACUUGAGGGUGGAACCUUAAGACUUUCAAAGCCCAAUAAAAACAUAUCCAGGAGGGCGAGCUACAAUGAAACAAAACCUGAGGUCACCUACAUCAGCCAGAAGAUCUAUGACCUCUCUGACAGCAAGAUUUAUCUUGUACCUAAAAGUUUGGCUCGCAAACGAAUCUGGAAUAAAAAGUACCCCAUUUGUAUUGAGCUUGGUCGGCAAGAUGACUUUAUGUCUAAGACUCAGACUGAUAAGGAAACUUCGGAAGAGAAGCCACCAGCUGAGAGAGAAGACCCUAAGGGAAGCGAGGACACUAAAAAGCCACCCCACCCUCAAGAGGGAACAAGAUCUGGCCAGCGAGAUCAGAUACUUUAUCUGUUCGGGAGAACUGGCCGAGAAAAAGAGGAGUGGUUUAGGAGAUUUAUUCUGGCAUCUAAGCUGAAGUCGGACCUCAAAAAGCCACCCGGUGUCUCUGGAAAUAAACAAGGGCUUUUGCCCUCCCACAGCAGACACAGCAGUCCCUCGGGGCACCUGACCCACAGUCGCAGCAGCAGCAAAGGCAGUGUGGAGGAGAUCAUGUCCCAGCCAAAGCAGAAGGAGCUGGUGGGCAGUGUACGGCAGAAGAUGCUUCUAGACUACAGUGUGUACAUGGGCAGAUGUGUGCCGCAGGAAAGCCGAAGCCCCCACAGGAGCCCCGUGCAGAGUGCAGAGAGCAGCCCCACAGCUGGGAAAAAGUUGCCAGAGGCUCCACCCUCUGAGGAGGAAGAACAGGAAGCCUGGGUGAAUGCUUUGCUUGGAAGAAUAUUUUGGGACUUCUUGGGAGAGAAAUACUGGUCGGAUCUAGUGUCUAAAAAAAUCCAGAUGAAACUCAGCAAAAUAAAGCUCCCCUACUUUAUGAACGAGCUAACUCUGACAGAACUUGACAUGGGAGUGGCUGUGCCAAAAAUCCUUCAGGCCUUCAAGCCUUAUGUUGAUCACCAAGGACUCUGGAUUGACUUGGAAAUGUCCUACAAUGGGUCCUUUCUGAUGACUCUCGAGACCAAAAUGAAUUUGACCAAACUAGGUAAAGAGCCUCUUGUUGAAGCCCUGAAGGUUGGAGAAAUUGGCAAAGAAGGUUGCAGGCCCAGGGCUUACUGUCUAGCCGACAGUGAUGAGGAAUCCUCCAGUGCUGGCUCCUCUGAUGAAGAUGAUGCACCGGAUCCCAGUGGGGGAGACAAACAGCUCCUCCCAGGGGCUGAGGGGUAUGUUGGAGGUCAUCGAACAAGUAAGAUUAUGAGGUUUGUUGAUAAAAUUACCAAGUCAAAAUAUUUCCAAAAAGCAACAGAGACAGAGUUCAUUAAAAAGAAGAUUGAAGAAGUCUCCAAUACCCCCUUGCUGCUAACUGUUGAAGUACAAGAAUGUCGAGGAACCCUGGCGGUCAACAUUCCACCACCCCCAACCGACCGAAUAUGGUAUGGUUUUCGGAAGCCGCCAUAUGUGGAGCUGAAAGCUCGGCCAAAACUUGGAGAGAGAGAAGUGACUUUAGUUCACGUGACAGACUGGAUAGAGAAGAAACUAGAGCAAGAGUUUCAGAAAGUUUUUGUCAUGCCAAACAUGGAUGAUGUUUAUAUUCCUAUAAUGCAUUCAGCCAUGGACCCUCGCUCCACUUCCUGCCUCCUGAAAGACCCAUCUGUGGAGGCUGCCGACCAGCUGUGAUGGGUGAAGAUGAGACGUUCCCAGUAUUAUGAGACCUAACUCGAGGUGUGGGGUUCUUGGCUGCCAUCUGUGCUGUGGUCCUGGCCUUUACUUGUGCCACAGCUAUCGUCUCUUCAAGGACUGCUUAUGCCCUCUGCCUGCUGGUGCCCAUUCCACUGUGAGGUGUCAUUCCCCGCAUCCAGUGACAGGGUCUGGAUUGCCUGCUGCAAAGCUUUGAUUUGGCAAAGGAGAGAAGAAUCAUGGUGGGUCCGGAAGUUGAGUGACUCACACCGUGGCUUUUAAAAAAAAAAAAAAGUCUACCAGUUUUUGUGGCAGCAAACAAGCACAU